GUUCAUCCGUGUUGCGGCAUGGGUCAAAAUUUCCUUCCUUAUUUAGGCUAAUCCCACAGCAUGUAUAUACAACAUUUUGUUUAAUUCAUUCAUCUGUUGAUGGAUUUGGGGGUUGCUUCCACUUUUUGGCUAUUGUGAAUAACGCUGCUAUGAACAUGGAUGCACAACAUCUCUUCCAGACCCUGCUUUCAAUUCUUUGAGAUGUACACCCAUGUGAAACUGCUGGAGCAAUUUAUCCAUCUGACUUUACAGUCAGGACCCUAAUCAGUAUUAAAUAGUAAGCCCAACAAAAUUAUCUUCCCCUAAAGCAUCAGGUGACCAACAAGUGGGCCAGUUAAAUGAUCUCCUAGUAUGACUGUGAACUAGCUUGCAGAAAUCUUUUUGCCUUGUUUCCAAGUUUUGGGUAACUUCUUUGUCGUCUCCCUCCCUAUGAAGGUAGGGGCUCUGUACCACUGGUCAUUUGAUUCCCAGUGACUGGGCCCAAAACUACUGUUGAAUAACAGAGGUAUCACGAAGGCCUAAACCACUUGGCUAUUGUGAGGAUGUCAUGAGAUUAUGCCUGUCAAAAUUUGGCACAUCACUAUGGCUGCUUAAGACAUAGAAGUAGUUACUAUUAUUGUUAUGCAGCAGCUGGGGGUAGGGGUUGGUUAUGACUCAGGGGAGGGGGCAGCCAUGACUCCUGUCAUGGAGGGCAACUGUCUUAGAUGGGGGACUGAAGCAGGGUCUCGGGGCCUGGGUGCUUCCAAGUCAUAAUGCUGGGGGAACUAAUGUCUCUUUUUAGGAGUCUCCACGGGAUACUUGCUUCCUCAGGCACCAUAGGAGCAUUGAUUGCUUGGCUGAUCAGCUAUAAGCCAGCCUUGUUUGGGUUCCUAUUCCUUCUGCUGUUGCUUAGCAACUGGCUGGUCAAGUAUGAACUCAAGCGCACCCCUUCAGAGCCCCAGCAGGAAGAGGCAGAGAAAUCAAAGACUUGCGAAACCAAACCCAACAGUCACUCCCUGAGCAUGAAAGAAGUCGAGAAACUGCAUGCCUGCUUUGCCCUCCAGGACAAGAUCCUUGAACGGCUCUUGUUCAGUGAAAUGAAGCUGAAGGUCUUAGAAAAUCAGAUGUUCAUCGUGUGGAAUGGAAUGAAUCACCACAAGCGGCCCAGCCGACGUCGCACUUUUCUGGCCGGGAAACACAGACUGAGGAGGCGUGAGUCCAUUCUCUCCAUCCUGUCUGACUGCACUUCCAAUUCCCCCUAACGCGGUCAGAGACGGUGGUGGGCUGGCCUCUUCUGAUGUUACCUUUUCUCAGUAAAGCCCAGUCAGAGACUGUUGGAUUCUCUUAGUAAAUCACACUGGAGAGGAGGAUUGGAGGCUCAAAGGUCGGUCACCUCUGGAAAAGACACCUGUAUUCACCAGGUCAGCCAGAUAGCGCCGUAUGACCCAACCUGACGUGGGCUCUAGUACCCAGCCCUUCCUCUCUUUCAGCUGGACCACCUGGACCCUGGUCCAGGGCCUUCUAUUUAUUCAUCUUGAGUCUUACAGCAGCCUCCCCGGUGCUGUCCCAGCCUCUAGUCUCCCCUUCACCUGCACUCAGAGGCCAAGCAUGGCUCUGGGCAUGUUCAUUGCCUGUUCCUGAGCCAACGCCUCACCAUUGUUGACAGAAUAAAAGCCACACUCCUUACCCUAGUAUUCAGGCCCUCCAUGGUCUGACUCCCUUCCCAGCCUUUUCUCCCCACCACUCUCCCUCACAUGCUUUAUUCUCUAUCCCAGAGUAUCCUAAACAUUGGUCAUUAGUGUACCACCUUGGUGAUUUUUGCCGUAACUGUAAGCCACUUGAAUGUUUAAUUCAAUGCUGUCCCUUUAAAUUGACUAUUUUUCCUUAAUAAAUUUGCCUGUAAAGGAAAAUAAUUAAAAAUAAAUAAUUUAUCUGUAAAACAAAACAAAACAAAACCAGUAUCAUUUGCUUCAAGUAGAAGUUAACUGCAAACUAAAGACAAUGAAAACAAAAUGAUGUUAUGAAGUUCCAUCCAGAGCUUGUUUGCCUGCUUUGAAGAUCCAAAUCUGUAAAAUUUGGGUUAAAAAGGGAGAUUAGCAAAUGUUAACAUUUGAAAGAUAUGCCAGCCCUAACCUGAGACUUUUCUCCAACAGGGAGAAUUGGGAAGGAAGUUACCUCACUGUGGGAUCC